UUAUAAGUAACUUUGUUUCCCGGCUACACCAACGCUUGAAAAUGGAGUGCAGUUUGAAUGAUUCUUGUAUUGACUUGGAGAAUUAUGAUACAUCGUCGAUAAUAAAACUGCAGGCUCAGUUUAGAGGUUAUCUUGUUCGGAAACAAAUGAAGACUUUGAGAGACACCUACUUGGGCCUUGUGAAGCAUAUUGAAUCAAACAAGACUCCAUCUGUCAUCUGGGAAAGAACCAGCCCUUCUUUUCCCAAAUUUAUUAAGCACAAGAAAUUGGUCAAUUUUGACCACACACAAAAUGCUUCAUCUCCAGAGAUCAACAGUAAUAAAGUUUUAAAUAGAGAGAGCCAGGGUGAAGUGACUGACAGAGUCAGCGAUAUUGAUACAAGAGUGAAGACAGUUGAAAUACAAACCAACGCUGAAGGUGAUUUGCUUCACCAACUACCUCAUGGCACUGACAUUUGUUGUUUACAUAAUGAAAUGUACAACCAUAGUACAGAUGGGACAUGUUCAAAAGUGAAUAACCAAAACAUAUCCCCCAUGGCUUGUCAGUCAGUAGAUCUACCAGUACAUGGAACAUCAUCUGAACAACCAGUGAAACUACACGCCAAGAAAACAGCACAAGUGGUGAUGGAUGGAGAGACUCCAAAUGCUGCAAGUGUUCCUCGCCAUCAAGACCACGACGGUGACAGUGACACCUCCUCCUUCACUGAGGUCACAUCGAUCUGGGAAAGUCAGCUGGACUCCAGAAUGAAACCAGAAAGGGAGGAAGUCAAAGACAUCAACUCUGCAUCCAUACUGGAGGUCAGGAAGAACAUUGCCAUGGAACUGCUCUGGGUACAGCAAGCCAUCAACAGCAGGAAAAAUGUGAGAUGACUAUAGAUUUAUCUGCGGUUGAAAUCACAAAUGGAAUAACUGAACAUGGGCAACAUGGAAGACAAAAGAUAGAAUAUGAAAUAUGUAUUAUAUAAAACCUUAAUAAACUAAUAUUACAAACAAA